AUGGGAUUGGGUUCCCCUAAAUCAAUGGCUUCUGCAUAUCCUAAGACACUUGUACCAAUUGCAGCUUCAAUUGGGGGACUUGCCUUGUUCUUAGUUUUUGCCUCUUUGCUUCUUGUCGAUCAGCCAAUCGGAUCUAAAGUUAGUUGGUACUUUUUUAACCUAGAUCAAGCUAGCAAAGUGGAUUUAUCUCCCUUUAAUAAUGAAACAAGCAUAUUUGAGAUCAAGGAUAGGGCUAAUGAUACAGAUACAACCAGAAAGAUUGUUGAUUCAGCUACCAACAAGACUGUUGAUACAAAUAUCAACAAGACCACUGAGUCAGAUGUCAACAAGACCAUUGACUCAGAUAUAAACAAGACCGUUGACUCAGGUAUCAACAAGACUGUGGAUGCAGGUACCAAGAAGAGUGUUGAUUCAGGGUGUGAUUUGUAUGAUGGGAAAUGGGUAUAUGACUCAGUUGGUCCUUUAUACACGAACAAUUCAUGCCCUGUGUUGACACAGAUGCAAAACUGCCAAGGAAACGGUAGGCCUGAUAAGGAGUAUGAGAAUUGGCGAUGGAAACCCACAAAAUGCAAUCUUCCAAGAUUUGACCCCAAAAAGUUUCUAGAAUUGAUGAGAGGAAAGACAUUAGCUUUUGUAGGUGACUCUGUUGCCAGAAAUCAGAUGGAGUCAAUGUUAUGCAUUCUUUGGCAAGUGGAAGCUCCAAAAAACCGUGGGAAUAAAAGAAUGCAACGUUAUUAUUUCCAAUCAACAUCCGUAACAAUCAUACGGAUAUGGUCAUCAUGGCUAGUCCACAAAACAACCGAAAAAUUUGAUUUUGCACCCGAGGGUGUAGACAAGCUCCACCUCGAUAUCCCUGAUGAAACUUUUCUAAAUGACAUUCCCACUUUUGACAUUCUCGUCCUUUCCUCUGGUCAUUGGUUCGCAAAAAAAGCCGUUUACAUUUUAAACAACGAAAUUGUGGGCGGACAAUUAUGGUGGCCUGACAAAUCCCGUCCAAAAAAAAUCGAAUCCCCCGAAGCUUUUAAAAUAUCUGUAGCAACUAUUAUGUCCACCCUCGUGAGUAGCCCGGGUUACACCGGGCUAACUGUGGUCCGAUCUUAUUCACCGGACCACUACGAGGGUGGAGCCUGGAACACAGGCGGGUCAUGUACCGGGAAGGUGAAGCCCGCCGUGGAGUUGGUGGAGAAUGGGUUUACAAAUAUGAUGCAUGAUAAACAAGUGUUGGGGUUUAAUCUUGGUGUGAAAAAUAAAACGAAUAAAUCGCAGGUUGUGCUUAUGGAUAUUACAAAAGCUUUUGCGUAUAGGCAUGAUGGUCAUCCGGGCCCGUAUAGGAGUCUUGACCCGAAUAAGGUGGUGAAAAGGAGUGCGGAUGGGCGGCCCCCACCACAAGAUUGUUUGCAUUGGUGUAUGCCGGGCCCGGUUGACACGUGGAAUGAGUUGUUGGCUGAGGUUAUAAGGAGGGAUUUUGAGGGUGGGGAUGGGGAUUGA